GCAUACGACUCUCAUUCAUUCAUUCAUCGAGUGUUUCACACUUUCACUUACUACACUCUCACUCUGCAAUGGCUGCUUCAACAUGUUUUUUUCAGUCUUCAUCUCCACUUCCGUUUAAUUUCAAACAAAAGAAUAAUCAGAUUCAUAUUUCAAUUUUUAGAAUCAGAUGCUACAACACCUCUCAGAAGCAUUCCUCUGUCGUCACACUUACUACCGACCCACCACCUGUCUAUUCUUCCGUCAAGGCCUUUGCUCCUGCCACCGUCGCCAAUCUAGGUCCUGGCUUCGAUUUCCUUGGCUGCGCUGUCGAUGGCAUCGGCGACACUGUCUCACUCAAAGUAGACCCAGAUGUUCACCCCGGUGAGAUAUCCAUCUCACAUAUUUCUGGUCAAACACCUAACAUCCACAAACUCAGUAAAAACCCUCUUUGGAACUGCGCUGGUAUUGCCGCUAUCGAAGCCAUGAAAAUGCUCCGCAUUCGAUCCGUCGGUCUUUCACUUUCUCUCGAAAAGGGUUUACCUUUGGGUAGUGGGUUAGGAUCCAGUGCUGCUAGCGCUGCUGCAGCCGCGGUUGCUGUCAAUGAGAUCUUUGGGAAAAGAUUGAGUGUGGACGACCUUGUUCUCGCCUGCUUGAAAUCAGAAGAGAAGGUUUCUGGUUACCACGCUGACAAUGUUGCCCCAUCCAUCAUGGGUGGUUUUGUUUUGAUUCGCAAUUACCAACCCUUGGAGUUGAUGCCGUUGAAGUUCCCAUCUGAGAAAGAUCUAUAUUUUGUAUUAGUUACACCAGAAUUUGAAGCCCCCACUAAAAAAAUGAGAGCAGCACUUCCAUUAGAGAUAGGGAUGCCGCACCAUGUGUGGAAUUCUAGCCAGGCAGCUGCUCUUGUGGCCUCCGUGUUACAGGGGGAUUUGUUCAUGUUAGGUAAAGCCCUGUCCUCUGAUAAGAUUGUUGAACCUAAGCGUGCACCAUUGAUUCCUGGGAUGGAUGCUGUCAAGAAGGCUGCCAUUCAAGCUGGAGCUUUUGGCUGCACCAUCAGUGGUGCUGGACCUACUGCUGUCGCUGUCACUGAUAAUGAGGAAAAGGGGCACAUCAUUGCUCAACACAUGGUUCUAGCUUUUCAAAAGGAAGGAAACUUGAAUGCUUCUGCUAAUGUCAAGCAGCUUGAUCGCCUUGGUGCUAGACUUAUUAGCAGCGUUCAUUUAAAUUGAUUUCAGUGUAGCUAGCUUAGAAACUUGUAGAUUCCCAAAUUGGAUUUCUCUAUGGUGUGGCGCUGUUAGUGCUGACUUGUCACGUGUAUUUGAUCAAAGAAGCAGCAUUGUGGUGUGGAGCUCUGAAUAAAAAGAGAAAUACUCAAACCAAGCCGGGACCUGCUUUUCGAAACACAAAUUUUAUAGAUUUAUAAUAAUUAUGAAAGACCUUCAUUAGGUCAAUGUUGUUGUAGACUCAGGCAUGUUUUAGGGAACAUUUUCAUUGCUUUUUGUUUUUCAUCCUUCAUCUUGCUUUGGUACUUUUAGAUAGCUCAAUAAGAAGUCUUUUAUAGUCUUUCCUUAUUUCACUGUGUUCGUCUUGCUUUUGAUUAGUAUGUAAAAUGUUCAGUCUACUUAUCAUUUCAAUGCCAAUGUUUUUCAUUUUCUAGCUCUUUCUAGGUAAAAUUUAAGAAAAUGUGAGGAGGCUCACAUCGUGUAUGAAUUUUAAUUUGAAAGUUUGCUUAUGGUUGCUUGUUAAAUUAUUA